GAAAAUAUUAUAACGAAGACCUCAAACGUUCUAUAGACCACCGGCAAUAUGAUCUAUCUACAGAGUUGCUGCUGCUGCGUAGAUCUACGCAUCGGUACCAUUGUCAUUGGAAUUCUGCAUAUUAUAGCGGAUAUCCUAGGAGGUACCUUUGUUGCAUUAUUCGGGGAGUCUGGUAUUCCCGAUUUGGGUCACACUCUAUUCAUUAUCUUCAUGAUGCUGCACAUACUGAGCUGCGUAUUCCUGAUCAUCGGCUGCUUUCGAUUAAAGAGCAGCUGGAUGCUCUUUUAUAUAAUAAUGACUAUGAUUAUGACCCUGGCUAUGAUCAUACUGAUAAUAUCCGACGUUAUACUCGUCAUUUGGUACUGGGUAAUGGUCACCUAUGCCUUAAUGUUCUUUUUAUGCCUAUAUUUCUGGCUGGUGGCCUACUCCUUUUACGCCGCCCUUGGAGGAGCUCUGUUCAUCUGAUCUAAUACCAUAUAAAUCUUGUAUUAAAUUGUACCGUGCUGAUGGCAAUAAAAUCUUCUGUUCCUUGACAA